AUGGACGACCUCAGCGGGCUGAGCUGGAAUCCCAGCUCGAAUACAACCAACAACAAACCUCAGCCAAUGAGUUCUGGCUCGAUGAUGUCAAGUAUCCGACACAAUGCAGCUUCCGGUCAAGCAACACCUAUGUCCGUGGGUUCGAACCGAUCUAAUUCGCCGUACAAGCCCUCUGCGUCCGCGGGAGACAGCUUCGCAAAUCUAGUCUCUUUCAACACUUCGGCGACCACGAAGAACAUGUCGCUACUUGAACAGCAGAAGCGAUUACAGGAAGAGAAAGCUAAGAAAGCGGCAGCGGACCGGCAGCGAUAUGAAGCCCAGUACGGUGGUCAGAACGCACAAUUCUGGGACACGCUGGAACACGGCCGUACCCCGAGCCCAGCAACAGCUGCGAACGCCAAGGUCACUUUACCGGCAGCCGAUGAAGAGGAUGAUAUACUAGCAGCAUUCAGCGCCACGGCGCCUGUGGAUGCAUCCACCAAUUUUCCCAUACCGAGCUCGAAUCCGUCCCCCGCACCCAGCAGAGGACAAGCGACGCAGGGCAAUCUUGGAGGCAUGGGCAUGAUUGGUGAUGAUGAUGACGACGAUCCGUUUGGACUUAGUCAGUUGAAGCCUAAACAAGCGCCUGCUUCAUCACGUUCUACAGUCGAUGACAAUGACGAUUUCCUUGGAUUGCUAGGAAAACCAGUCUCAGCGAUGCCCCGUGCGCAAUCACCACGCCAGGAAACCGAAUCACGAUUGGAGCCGAAAGAUGCACGGCAAGCUUCGAAGCCUUCAAACCAAUUAGAUCGUGCUAUUGCCGAGUUGGUGGACAUGGGGUUUCCAGCGGAGAAAUCGCGAGAAGCCUUAAUGACGACGGAAUCAGGAACGGAUGUCCAGGCGGCCGUCAGUUUGCUUCUCACCCAAGCGCAUGCCGAGACAAGGCAGAAGUCUCAAGGGCGAUCUCCAGGCGCCCCUCAAUCGCAUAGCCGUGCCGGUAGGACAGACGGACCCAGUGGCGAUGGUCCUGCGUGGAUGAGGGAGGGUAGGUCACAGCCUACUCGACCGCGAGACGACAGCCGAGGUCGUGGUGCUGGAGAAAAAGAUCCUGCGCAAAUCGCGUCGCAGCUGGGCAACAACUUUUUGAAGACGGCCGGAUCUCUAUGGAAAACUGGGAGUAAGAAAUUUCAGCAAGCUGUUAAUGAGUUCAACGCAGAUCAUGAUCCCAGUCAGCCCAAAUGGAUGAGGGACACAUCUGUGGCCCGUGAGCAGCCACCCCAAGAACAAGCUCAACGCGGAGGCCGAAGAGAGCACGCACAGGUAGAGCCACAAAACUUCACCAACGAAGCACUUCUCCUGGAAGCACGAGACUCUGGACCGGCAAGGAAACCAACGCAGUCCCAAGAUCGUGGCCUAUCCGGCCCGGUCCGUAACCCCACCGAUCGUCAACCUUCGCCCGCCAUGCAAAACACCCAACAGGCGAAUUUCCUCCAGCGACCUUCUCGGCCCAGCUCUACAGAUUCAAAGCCGCGUGCUUCCAGGUUUGCCGCCGAAGAGCAGUCAGCGCAGGCUUAUGUUAGCCCAGCGAGACGGCGACGGCCUCAACCCCCACCUAAAGAAGUCGAGCCCACUGUCGAUCUCUUUUCCUCCCCGAUACCCACAGCAAAACAAUCAAGUAGCAGCCCGCAGCCCCCUGCCCGAUCACCACCGGCGCGCUCAGCUGCCAUUCCCAUACGCGCAAAGGUUUCAGCCCGGUCUGUUCCACCCGUAUCCGCGGAGGCACUUCAAUCAACCCAUCGCCACCGCGAGCUGGCUGCAGCUGCAUACAAGCGCGGUGACUAUGCAACUGCGCACCAAAGCUUCUCAACUGCUCUAACGAUGCUCCCUGAUCAGCACCCUAUCACGAUCAUUAUCAGAAGCAACCGAGCAAUGACUGCACUCAAGAUAGGAGAGCCUAAAGCUGCCAUCGAUGAUGCGGACAUAAUUCUGAAUCUAAUUGGAUCAUCAAAGGGCGAGGACGAGACCAUAGAUCUGGGGAAUGGCGAGGCUCCCAAGCCCAUGAAAGACUUUUUUGGAAAGGCGCUCAUGCGUAAGGCCGAGGCUCUUGAACAGCUCGAACGAUGGGCAGAUGCCGCAUACGCAUGGAAGUCGGCUGUGGAGUCAGGACAUGGCGGGGGCACCAGCAUUCAAGGGAGGAAUCGAUGCGAAAAAGCUGCUGGAAUCGGCAAACCCCCAACAGCGCCUUCAGCCCCUGCCCGGAAACGGCCAACUCCUGCGCCCAAGCGGGCCGCUGCGUUGUCUGAUCUACAUGGCGGCGCAGGUGAAGAUUCGGAGGCUGUCAGUCGACUACGGCAAGCCAACAAAGCAGCGGAACGUGCUGACGAAGAACGGUUCGCGCUCACUGAAAGCGUUGACGCCAAGAUUGCUGCAUGGAGAAAUGGCAAGCAGGAUAAUCUUCGCGCUCUACUUGGAAGCUUGGAUACGGUGCUUUGGCCCGAAUCAGGAUGGAAAAAGAUCGGCUUGUCUGAAUUGGUUCUGCCAAACAAGGUCAAAAUUCAGUAUAUGAAGGGGAUAGGAAAGGUCCAUCCCGACAAGAUAUCCACGAAUGCUACUACUGAGCAGCGAAUGAUUGCAGGUGCUGUAUUUGGAACACUCAAUGAGGCUUGGGACAAGUUCCGAGCAGAGAACAACCUGUGA